CCCACCCCUACUUCUCUUCUGCCCGACUCCCUCAGGAUAUUUUUAGCACUGAUGAUGUGCCCUGUCAAAUCACGUAACGGAAACAACCUCAGAGCUGAGAAGCCGAUGUGAAGAGCCAGCUUUGCUCCGAUUGUACUAUUGUGAUCUGCAGGGGAAGGCCGUGAAGGGGAUGGAAUUUGAAAUGAAUUUGGCGUUUUGCGUGUUGGUGGUGCUUACCAGCUCAUCGCAGACAAGAGGUCAGAGCAGUGCUUUGCCUCCUGUCCUCACGCUGGCUGCCCUCCCGAGUCAUGCUGGAAGCUCAGCAUCUCCUGACCUGACAGAGGAUCCUGGGAAUGAGCUCUCACAGCGGACACAUAAUCCUGCCGGCGGGGAUGAAACCACAACCAUUACCAAGACUGAAGGCACAGUCCAUUCAGAGACUGCGACAAAUACAAACGGCCUAUAUACAACACACUUGUUGACUGUAACAUCUCAACACACCAAUGUGCCUGCUUCACCUUCAGCUGCCGCAGAAAGCCUUUCAUCCGCGUCAACUGUACAGAGCACCGCCCCUCAGCAGCACAUCUCGACCACGGAUGACAGAACCUCUCUGACCACAGAUCCCUUCAACACCUUUUCAUCUCAGCCGGCCCACUCAGUGCAGGAUACAAUCUCCACAGCACACGCCUCCACCAUGCAGCCACAGUCUGAGUCACUGACCGCAGCCACCACACUGCCGACAACCACAGCACAGCUUCUGACCUCAGCUCCAGGCCGGGGUCCUGCUGGGCCAACACACCGGGAGGUCCCAGCUGAGCUUAAUGUUGGAGAUGAAGACCUCAAGAGGCCCCGCUACCGCUCAAGCUCCCCUCUGGACCCGCUGCUGGCUGGCCUGCUGUCAGUAUUCAUCGUCACCACUGCUAUCGUCUUCGUCGUCCUCUUUCUCAAGUUCCGCCAACGGACAAACCACCCAGAGUUCCAUCGGCUGCAGGAUCUACCCAUGGAUGAUUUGAUGGAGGACACGCCACUUUCCAGAUACACCUACUGAUGGAAGCCUCCUGUCACUUCCAGUACACUCAGAGAACAGAAGCAACGCAGACACCAAAGGGAUGGAUCUGAGUAAAAAGCCUUUGCCUGACACAUUUUGGGUCAGUGAUAAAUAAUGUUUAUCUGUGGUUCCCUGAGGAGCCACAACGUCUUUUAAAUGGGAGGUUUCAGAAGUACUUUUUUCCACAUUCCCUUUAGAUUUCCGGAGCUCUUCAGUCUAGUGGAAACUAUUUGUUAGAGUUAAUAGUGCCUCUGCACCCCUGACUGACUCCAUAUAUGCACAGCACUUUAAAGUAGCAUGAAUGGUCGCAGUGCCCCCUGGGGGACGUCUGAGGUAAUGUGGAUCAAGUCCUCUGAUGUCAUUUAUAGACAGCCUCAGGUUAUCCAAGGAGAAAUAAAGUGAGUGAGACAUUUGGGAAAGUUGCCAACAUGCCUAUAAAUGAUUAAAGAAUAUAAAUUAUGAUCCAUUAGGUGACCAAAUAUUAGUGAAGUGCAUUUUCAAACCAAAUUGCCAGGUUGCACAUGUUGUCUUAAAGCUGAGGUCUUGCAGAAAAUCUACACAAAAAUCAGAAGAAGUGAUUUUACAUUUCAAAAGCCAUAUCUUUUGGAAGAAACAGACAACAUAUCUUGAAGCCACUUAUUCAAUUGUUCAAAUGUAUUAAGUUCCUUCAAAUAUGUGGAAAAUAUUUAUUUUUUGCAGCCUUUUAAUGUGUACUUACGUGUUAAUAAACUUUUAUUAUCGUGGUCUGAUGCUGGUAUAUACACAACUUGAAUUUGGUUAUUCUGUUUUCAAUGACAAAUGUUUAAUCCACCAAUGCACAGAAGACUCGCUACGCUACAUAAACACUUUAACAUGAGCAAACUGUAACGGUUAAACACACCAUGGUUAAAUGUGUUGUAAAAUGCAUAUUUAUAGGGAAUGUAUUGGUUUCUGCAGAAGGUGUUUGUUAAAAUGCUUUAGGUGGAGACAAUGAGAAGAGGCACAAGUUUAGAUUGUUGUGACCUGUAUCUGUAUUAGCUGGAGUAGCCUAUCAUGCAAAUGUGACGGAGGUGUUGGAUCAGUUUUUAUUACCUUGUGUGUUCUGAGUUACUGUUAAGUGCCAACAGUGCUGUAUGAUAAUAUGCCAUUGAAAUGUGGAUUAUAAUAAUGUGUUCAUAUUAAGAUUCCCUGUUUGAUAAUAAAACAGAAGUUGGUUUUGUGCCCAACAGC